GGAGCGCCCUCUUGUUCUCUUGGACUUGCCCUCCCUGUUCCUUUCGCCCUCUCUCUUCCACCAUCCAGGUAUACAUCAACAAUGGGUGCUCAGGACGUUUUCUCAGUUCCAAUCUUCCUCAUCAUUCUUCGUGAAUCGAUCGAGGCCGGUAUCAUCGUCUCCAUCCUGCUGUCUUUCGUCAAGCAGCUUAUUCUUGGAAAACAAAAGGAGAGUCUCCCCGUAUCGCAGCCCACGACAACACAGACAACAGAGGGCAAUGCAGCGGCAGUCGCAACUACAGAGGGCUCUACUCCUCAAGAGCCAGUUGAGGAGAUGGGAAUGAGCGAGAAGCAACUGUAUCGCAAGCUUGUCUGGCAGAUCUGGCUCGGUACCAUCAUCGGCUUCACGAUCGCUCUGUGCAUUGGUGCUGCUUUCAUCGCAGUUUUUUACACCAAGCUGCAGGAUCUUUGGGCUCAGACCGAAGACGCCUGGGAAGGUGCCUUCUCUCUUCUUGCCGCAGGCCUGAUUCUCGCUAUGGGCAUCGCGUUCCUCAAGCUCGAGGGUUCUUCUGCCAAAUGGCGCGUUCAUCUGUCACACGCCUUCUCGAAGGGGGACGCCGAUCGCUCUGGACGUGGUGGUCGUUAUGCCCUUCUCGUCCUGCCUAUGAUCACCGUGCUUCGUGAGGGUCUCGAGGCGAUCGUCUUCGUCGGUGGUGUUUCCCUGUCCGAGAGCGCAAAGGCCAUUCCCCUUGCCGUCGUCGUCGGUCUUGCCUGCGGUGUUCUCGUUUCCUACUUCAUCUACAAGGGUGGUGCUGUCCUUGCCAUCCGCUACUUCUUGGUCGUGUCCACGUGCAUCCUGUUCCUCGUCGGCGCCGGCCUCUUCUCUCGUGCCGUCGGCUACUUCCAGACCUUCGUCUUCAACCAGGGUGUUGGAGCCGAUGUCGAGGAACUCGGAGAUGGACCCGGCUCCUACGACGUCCGCGGCAACGUGUGGCAUUUGACCUACGGAAACCCUGAGAACACCCAGACUGGUGGUGGUUGGUCUAUCUUCAAUGCCAUCCUUGGGUGGAACAACACAGCGACUGUCGGAAGCGUCGUCGCAUACUGUGGCUUCUGGAUCCUCGUCAUCCUCAUCCUCGGCUACCUCAAGUGGUCCGAGGGACGCGGUCACCUCCUGGGCUGGAAGUCCGCAGCGUACCACAAGCGCCAACAGCGCCUGCGCGAGCAUGCCCGUGCGGAGAACGCGAGCGAGGUCGAGGACGAAAAGGCGUCGGUGGAGUCACCUGCAUAAACAGAUCAUGUAUACCGGUAAAUGCUACUUUGCUACAAACUUCCACUUGCACACGGAUGUAUACUUAACCGUAGCAUGAACUCACCGUUUCCUCUUUUGUUGCCCCGUUGGCCAGUAGCCUGUAAUGACAGACAAUGAACUUGUUAUUUCAUAUG